AUGGGUUGGGUUGGGUGGGUGGGUGGCGAGGCCCGCCCGUCGCUCGUCACAUGGCCGGACCCGACGCAUCGGCCCCGUGGACCGCGCGCGCCGCGGCUCGAUCCUAGCCGUAAAUGGACGUGGGCCCCCGACCUGGGAGUCCGUCCGACGCCACCAUCGGCCAUCGCGCCCUCCCCAAAUCGCCUCGUCCGCCCAAUUAUGCUCCUCAAACCGCACGCGCGCGCGCGACUCACCGCCGUUGUCGUCGUCGUGUUCGCGGAGAUCCGCGGGGCUCGCCCAUCCCCCUCCUCCCUGCUCUCCUCCCCAGCACCCACGGCCCGCUGCUGCCCCUCCGCGCGCCCCCUCGCCAAACCCUAGCUUGGCCAUCUCCCCCCACUGCCCCGGCGCCACCACCUGCCCUGCCCUGCGCGUGGCCGGCGGCGCCGACCGCCGCCAUUGUCUUACGGAGGCGUCCGAGUCCCGACGCGUUGGAAUGCGCUGACUGAAGUGUGAUCAUUGAGGUUCUGGUUAAAGAAACUUCUAGUAUCGAUUGGCUUCCCUCCCAUGGACAAGAUACAAUCUGAUUGCCCUUAUCCUGGAUGUUUCUUUUGUGUCAUGAAGGAGGCGAACCCUAGUAAACGAAGAGCAAGUGUGUUAAAGUACUUUAGGGAACUUCCUUCCCAAGACGAUGAUGGUCAAGUUCUCCCUAUUAGUGGUCUCUGGAACACAGCAAUGGCUCACCCAAAUGAUCCCGAGUUCAUCAACUUGGGCAUAUUUGAAUGCAUGGCAUCUCUUAUAUGGAAAGGGUUGAAAAACAGGCGUUGGCUUGCACAUGAUCAGAAUAUUUACAUCCCAUAUUAUGCAGCUCACAUAAUUGGAUCAUACACAAUGAAUAUGGAGGAGUUUGCAGAGCGUGCUGUUCGUGCUGGUGUAAUACCUCCAUUAGUUGAAUUAUUAAGAGGUAGGUUGACAUGGGUCGAGCAAAGAGUUGCUGUUAGAGCUUUGGGUCAUUUGGCUACAUAUCCUAGUACAUUUCCUGCAGUUGCCGAUCAUGGGGAAGUACUUGAACUUGCCAUUCAACUUGCUUCGAGCUCGCUAGAAAUUGUGUACUCUCACUUUUACCAGUUUGUGGAUCGAAGACUUGGCUACCAUUGCGACCUUCUUACUCGUGGCAUGGGUGGUGUGGAAAUGGAGUCCCGCAAAGCUGAGGAAUGGGCAAGUCAACUGCAGUGCUGGUCUUUGCAACUCAUUAACUGCUUUGCAUUUAAGCCUGAAUUCCUCCAUGAUAUUUGCAAGCCUGAUUUUCUAGUCAAGUUACCUGGAAUGUGGGGUGGACUUGUAAAUGAGAACUCACCUGCUGGUGUUGGUUUGCUAAGAACAAUCUGCCAGAGCAAGGUUGGCCGAGGUCAUGUUGCUAACAUUCCUGCUACUAUUGAUGCUUUAUGCAACAUUGCUCGUUCUUCAGAUGACUGGCAAUACAUGGCAGUUGAUUGUCUGAUCUGGUUAAUGCAGGAUGCAAGUACUUGUCAUAAGGUUAAAGAUAUAGUUGCGCCAACACUGAUAGAUUUAUCAGAUAUUUCGGCACUGGGUGAUUAUAAAAAGCUUGGUGACACAAUUGUCACAGUCCUCCAAGAAUGUAUGCAACAGAGUGGGAACUCACGUGGUGCAAUUGGUGUUCAGACCAAAUCAGAAAUUGAUGAGCUUUUGAGAUCCAAGCAAAGUCUGAAAUUGGAAAAGAGUAUGCCAAAGGAGGAUCUUCAUAUAAAACAAGCUGCGGCAUUGGUUGUCAAGUUGGAAGGCAAUUCACUGUUCUCCUCAGGGAACAUCGCAGGAGCUGCAGAGAAAUACUCUGAAGCGCUUGCGUUAUGUCCGAUGAAAUCCAAGAAAGAGCGGGUGGUUCUCUACAGCAAUCGAGCUCAGUGUUACCUUCUCUUGCAGCAGCCAUUGGCUGCCAUAAGCGAUGCUACUCGAGCAUUGUGCCUUCACAGCCCCGUGAACCGUCAUGCCAAGAGUUUGUGGCGAAGAGCUCAAGCGUAUGAUAUGCUUGGUCUUGCAAAAGAGAGCUUGUUGGACGCAAUCCUUUUCAUAAACGAGUGCUCUCAGUCGAACGAUCCCGACUUAUCCCUGAAGCAAAACAAAGUCCCUGACUAUGCCGAGCGGUUGGUGAAGAAGCAGAUGCGCUCCGCUUGGCUAUUCAGGGAAGCAGCUCUGAAGCACGGGGGCGUACACUGUGAAGGAGAUGCUAGCGACGCGUUUGGCCAGGAUGCUGACGACUCUGAGUGGGAAACGGCUAGCGAAAGCGACGCCGAGAAUGAUGACACGGGAGAAGCGGAUGAUGGAACUGAAUGGAAGAACGAUGGACACCGGGAAGAUAUCUGUGAGAAAAGCUGAGGAGCAGGGCAAGCUGAACCUAUUCAGAGGGAGUCAAACUGAGCAGUGACAGAAGCAGCUGCUGGGCCUUAUGAAGUCUGCUGCGCUAUCAGCCUAUCAAGCAUCAGAUCUUUCUAAUGCAGCGAUCUGGUAACAUUUCUACUGUCCUCGUCAAAGCAAAGCCCCAGUUAAACUAAUUCCCCACGUCUUGUUGUUUGGUCAGUUGAGUUAUUGCGCCUGCGACCAUUCAAUGUUUCCCCUUAGAUGUUGGUUCUGGUUUGGUGUUUGUAGCAUGCUCUUUCUUUCACCAGUUUCUCAACUCUUUGAAUGAACAAAACUGUGCAUUAUUUGUUCUUUUUUUUACUAUUAUUUCUGUAGUCUGGCGAAGAGGCCAUAAUACUGGCACCCUUCCCUUUCCACUGGACUUAUCUGGAACGAGAAGAGCACGUUUCCGUCUACCUGCUUUUUUUGGCUAUACCAUGUCAACUAGCAAGUAGGGGUUGUUAGGUUGGGUCAUGCUCUUACAAUGAAACUGGCGUGCUGGGCACUUGCUCUGCUAGUCUGCUUGCCUGAAGCUUCUUGAGAGCGUUGCUGGGGGCAAAAAUGCCGACAGACGUGUUAGUGUGUGCCAGUGCGUGCGUGUUACUUCUUGUGCUUGCACAGAUGCUUUCAGUAAGCACAUCAAUGUUUGUGUGUACAAAUGUAGCAUGAAUGAGUAAUUGGAGCGUGAAUGAUUUGUAC